UGCGGAACACAGAAACUGCAGCCAUGACGACCCACGUCACCCUGGAAGAUGCGCUGUCCAACGUGGACCUGCUCGAGGAGCUUCCGCUCCCUGACCAGCAGCCAUGCAUCGAGCCUCCGCCGUCCUCCAUCAUGUACCAGGCUAACUUUGACACGAACUUCGAGGACAGGAAUGCAUUUGUCACGGGCAUUGCAAGGUACAUUGAGCAGGCGACGGUCCACUCCAGCAUGAAUGAGAUGCUGGAAGAAGGACAUGAGUACGCCGUCAUGCUGUACACCUGGCGCAGCUGCUCCCGGGCCAUUCCCCAGGUGAAAUGCAAUGAGCAGCCCAACCGCGUGGAGAUCUAUGAGAAGACCGUGGAGGUGCUGGAGCCAGAGGUCACCAAGCUCAUGAAGUUCAUGUACUUUCAGCGCAAGGCCAUCGAGCGGUUCUGCAGCGAGGUGAAGCGGCUGUGCCACGCGGAGCGGAGGAAGGACUUCGUCUCGGAGGCCUACCUCCUGACGCUGGGCAAGUUCAUCAACAUGUUCGCCGUCCUGGACGAGCUGAAGAAUAUGAAGUGCAGUGUCAAGAACGACCACUCUGCCUACAAGCGGGCGGCCCAGUUCCUCAGGAAGAUGGCAGACCCCCAGUCCAUACAGGAGUCGCAGAACCUUUCCAUGUUCCUGGCCAACCACAACAGGAUCACCCAGUGUCUCCACCAGCAACUGGAAGUGGUCCCAGGCUACGAGGAGCUGCUGGCUGACAUUGUCAACAUCUGCGUGGAUUACUACGAGAACAGGAUGUACCUGACCCCCAGCGAGAAGCACAUGCUCCUCAAGGUGAUGGGCUUUGGCCUCUAUCUGAUGGAUGGAAAUGUCAGUAACAUUUACAAACUGGAUGCCAAGAAGAGAAUCAACCUUAGCAAAAUUGAUAAAUUCUUUAAGCAGCUGCAGGUGGUGCCUCUUUUCGGCGACAUGCAGAUAGAGCUGGCCAGAUACAUUAAGACCAGUGCUCACUAUGAAGAGAACAAGUCCAAGUGGACGUGCACGCAGAGCAGCGUCAGCCCUCAGUAUAACAUCUGCGAGCAGAUGGUUCAGAUCCGGGAUGACCACAUCCGCUUCAUCUCCGAGCUUGCUCGCUACAGCAACAGUGAGGUGGUGACUGGGUCCGGGCUGGAUAGCCAGAAGUCAGACGAGGAGUACCGCGAACUGUUUGAUCUGGCCCUGCGGGGCCUGCAGCUCUUAUCCAAGUGGAGUGCUCACGUCAUGGAGGUGUACUCUUGGAAGCUGGUUCACCCCACAGACAAGUUCUGCAACAAGGACUGUCCAGGCACGGCGGAGGAGUAUGAACGAGCCACCCGCUACAACUAUACCAGCGAGGAGAAGUUCGCCUUCGUGGAGGUGAUCGCCAUGAUCAAGGGCCUGCAGGUGCUCAUGGGCAGGAUGGAGAGCGUCUUCAACCAAGCCAUCCGGAAUACCAUCUACGCAGCCUUGCAGGACUUUGCCCAGGUGACCCUGCGGGAGCCCCUGAGACAGGCAGUACGCAAGAAGAAGAACGUCCUCAUCAGUGUCCUGCAGGCCAUUCGGAAGACCAUCUGUGACUGGGAGGGGGGCCGGGAGCCCCCCAAUGACCCGUGCUUGAGAGGAGAGAAGGACCCCAAAGGUGGCUUUGACAUCAAGGUGCCCCGGCGUGCCGUGGGGCCAUCCAGCACCCAGGCCUGCCAGUGGUCCCCGAGGGCUUUGUUUCACCCCACUGGUGGCACACAGGGCCGAAGAGGCUGCCGAUCCCUGCUCUACAUGGUACGCACCAUGCUUGAGUCACUCAUCGCAGACAAAAGCGGCUCCAAGAAGACCCUGAGAAGCAGCCUGGAUGGACCCAUCGUCCUCGCCAUUGAGGACUUCCACAAGCAGUCUUUCUUCUUCACGCACCUGCUCAAUAUCAGCGAAGCCCUGCAGCAGUGUUGCGACCUCUCCCAGCUCUGGUUCCGAGAAUUCUUCCUGGAGUUAACCAUGGGCCGGCGAAUCCAGUUUCCCAUUGAGAUGUCCAUGCCCUGGAUUUUAACGGACCAUAUCCUGGAAACCAAAGAGCCUUCCAUGAUGGAGUAUGUCCUCUACCCCUUGGAUCUGUACAACGACAGCGCCUACUACGCUCUGACCAAGUUUAAGAAGCAGUUCCUGUACGAUGAGAUCGAAGCUGAGGUGAACCUGUGUUUUGAUCAGUUUGUCUACAAGCUGGCGGACCAGAUCUUUGCCUACUACAAAGCUAUGGCCGGCAGUGUCCUGUUGGAUAAACGUUUUCGAGCUGAAUGUAAGAAUUAUGGAGUCAUCAUUCCAUAUCCACCGUCCAACCGCUAUGAAACGCUGCUGAAACAGAGGCAUGUCCAGCUGUUGGGUAGAUCCAUCGACUUGAACAGACUCAUCACCCAGCGCAUUUCUGCGGCCAUGUAUAAAUCCUUGGACCAGGCCAUCAGCCGCUUCGAGAGUGAAGACCUAACCUCCAUUGUGGAGCUUGAGUGGCUGCUGGAGAUUAACCGGCUCACGCACCGGCUGCUCUGUAAGCACAUGACGCUGGACAGCUUUGACGCCAUGUUCCGGGAGGCCAAUCACAAUGUGUCGGCCCCCUACGGCCGCAUCACCCUGCAUGUCUUCUGGGAGCUGAACUUUGACUUCCUCCCCAACUACUGCUACAAUGGGUCCACAAACCGUUUUGUCCGAACUGCCAUUCCUUUCACCCAAGAACCACAACGAGAUAAACCUGCCAAUGUCCAGCCUUAUUAUCUCUAUGGCUCCAAGCCCCUCAACAUCGCCUACAGUCACAUAUACAGCUCCUACAGGAACUUUGUGGGACCCCCGCAUUUCAAGACUAUCUGCAGACUUCUGGGUUACCAGGGCAUUGCUGUGGUCAUGGAGGAGCUACUGAAAAUUGUCAAAAGCUUGCUCCAGGGGACCAUUCUGCAGUAUGUGAAAACACUGAUCGAGGUGAUGCCCAAGAUCUGCCGCUUGCCCCGGCAUGAGUACGGCUCUCCAGGGAUCCUGGAGUUCUUCCACCACCAGCUGAAGGACAUCAUCGAAUACGCAGAACUCAAAACAGAUGUGUUCCAGAGCCUGCGGGAGGUGGGCAAUGCCAUCCUGUUCUGCCUCCUGAUAGAGCAAGCUUUGUCUCAGGAGGAAGUCUGUGAUCUGCUCCAUGCUGCACCCUUCCAAAACAUCCUGCCUCGAGUCUACAUCAAAGAGGGGGAGCGCCUGGAAGUCCGGAUGAAGCGCCUGGAAGCCAAGUAUGCCCCGCUCCACCUGGUGCCCCUGAUAGAGCGACUGGGGACCCCUCAGCAAAUUGCCAUCGCUCGGGAAGGCGACCUGCUGACCAAGGAGAGGCUGUGCUGUGGCCUGUCCAUGUUCGAGGUUAUCCUGACGCGCAUUCGGAGCUACCUGCAGGACCCCAUCUGGCGGGGCCCGCCGCCCACCAAUGGCGUCAUGCACGUGGAUGAGUGCGUGGAGUUCCACCGGCUGUGGAGUGCCAUGCAGUUCGUCUACUGCAUCCCCGUGGGUACCAACGAGUUCACAGCUGAGCAGUGUUUUGGUGAUGGUUUGAACUGGGCUGGCUGCUCCAUCAUCGUGCUGUUGGGCCAGCAGCGUCGCUUUGACCUGUUCGACUUCUGCUACCACCUGCUGAAAGUGCAGAGGCAGGACGGGAAGGAUGAGAUCAUCAAGAACGUGCCGCUGAAGAAGAUGGCCGACCGGAUCAGGAAGUACCAGAUCUUGAACAAUGAGGUUUUUGCCAUCCUGAACAAAUACAUGAAGUCCGUGGAGACAGACAGUUCCACUGUGGAGCAUGUGCGCUGCUUCCAACCACCCAUCCACCAGUCCCUGGCCACCACCUGCUAGGCAGAGGUCCGGCGGACCCUCGACCUGGAGGUGGGAGGAGACGCAGGAAAGAAAAAGCAGUGGUCAGCCUGCAACUGGGUCCAACCGGACAGUGUGUGGGACAGACCCGGAAGCAAAUAAGAACCUCCCCAAACACACCCGCACCACCCCCAGGGCUGGGCUUGUGCAUGCUCUCCCAUGACAUCUCCAUGGUGGUCUUUCUGUAGUGUAAAUGAACACAAAAUAACAGGGCAGUGUGUGCUUUCUUUCUUUUUCCCUCAGCCAUAUUCAAGAGACCCCAGUCUCACCCUGUCUCAUCCUACAGUCCCCACAUCUGUGGUUGCUCCCCAAGACCUCCUCCCCAGAGGCCCUCCCAUCCAGUGCCCACGUGUGGCCCUAGGAGUAAGUCUCAGACACUGAGAAAAGGGUAUGGCCAUGUCGUGUCAGCCUGCCCCCACCACGCCUCAUCUCACGGGCUUCCUUCUCUGGGUCCUCCUCCCCAGUUCCCAUGGUGCUGCACCUCCUGCUGUAGAUGUUAGAAAUACCACUUCUGCCACCAAGAAUAUGCUUUGUCAGAUGCUGAAGGCCAUGGUGAACCAGGAAAAGCUCCUAGAGAAAAGUCGGAAAUGUUUAUAGUUGUAUCCCACUGAGGGGAAUUGGGCUAGGAAGAUAGUCAGGCCUGCCGUGUGGAAGCAGCAUCUGAGCUCAGCCAGGAAUUCCUCAGCCUCGCACAGAAAGCCGUCAGACCAUCUCGUCAGCGUAAAUGCUCAGCACUGGGCCACGCAGGGCAAUGGACAUGGAGGGCGCAGCAUUGAACGAGCGGGUCAGAGAGCUCCCACAGCCUCAGCCAGUGACCAAAUUAGUGUCAACUGCCUGGCACAGAAUCUCUCAUCAAGCAAAACUCCCACAGGAAAGAGUAUGGGUCUGUCUCAACAGGGGCCUCAAACAUCUUGGGGAUAAGGAUAUGAGGAGUAAAAGUAUACCCCCACAGGGAACUCUUAUUAGAAUGAACCAGAACUGCCAUUGUCCAUUUUAUUCUCAACUUCCUGUUGUUCUAAUGCUCCUCAAGUUAGAUUUUGGGGUUUGUAUUCUCUCACAGGGGUAUAUUUCCAUUUUCCUGACUGAACCAAAAUUCUGCUGUAGAAUCUCAGUCACCCAGGGUAGUGAGAUCUUUAGGAAAAGAGGCCUUCAGGAUGCUCACUAGGGUUUAUCAUUUUUGGAGUCUGGCCCUGAGCUUCAAAGAGCAUGUUAAGUGGGAUAUUUAAUACAUCUUGCCCAGGGAGGAAAUGAAAUGAGCAAAAAAUGGAAAGAGUAAUAGUGACUCACUCCCUUCGGAGAGAUGAAAUGGUUACCAUUAGCCAGAUGGUUUGUAUUUAAUCACGGGAUGAACAAAGGAAAUGUCCACAGCCAGAAGUUUGUAUGAUACACUCAUGUCAAGUAUGGUCCAAAGGCCACCUAAGCCAGAGCUUGUUGAGAUAAGCAUACUUGGGUAUAGGUUUUUGCGCUCCACCUCAAGGCUACUAGCUCUCAAUCUCUGGGAGUAGGGCUAUAAAAUCUGCAUUUUCCGCAAGUUAUUCAGGUUAUUCUAUUGUGCAUCAAAGUUUGAGAACCACUGCUGUAGAGAAAUUCUUCUGGUCACCGUGGGUCUUGAGCUACUUCUCAGCAAUGACAGAAAUAUAUAAGUGCAUUUUAGGAAGAUGGCUCGGAAUGGAAGGUGGCAGAUCCUCCUACCUCACACUGCCACUUCCUAUCCUGAUACUCAUGCUUCUGGACGGCUGUGGAUGAAUCCCAAAGGCAGCAGAAACUAUACCACAUAGCAAAGUGAUGCGGUAGAACAUGCCAUCAAAACCCAUAUAAAAUCUCUAAGCUCUGAGGCCUUCCGAGCCUCCAACUCCAUCUGGAAACUGCUGGCUCUCUUUCAGGUAGAUGAGUAGGUUUUUAUGUUCUACAUUUCAUUCCAAAUCUUUCACCACAGCUUUGUAGAGAUUGGCACCCUCCAGUCAAUGAGAUUGCCAUUUCAGCAAUUCCUCCCUCCCACCCUGCAUCAUAACCCCAGAGUUGACCCUCUGGGAAAAAAAUCUCUUAUCCUCAAGUAAUUUGAUCCCAGUAAAUUGAGGUUUACAGUUUCAAGCGAGAUUGUCAUUUCCUCAGCUCAUCAGCAGCACUUAUUUAUGAAAACUGGACGAGUUUAAUUCUUUCCUCCCUAGCAUUGUUACUGACCUAACCCCCUUUUGAUUUUUUUAUGUGUCUAAGGAAAAAAGCUUAGAUUUUAAAAAAAACUUUAAAAUUCUGUUUGAAAAACUGUUAAAUGUACCAUAUUUGUAUUAAGAGUUGUCGGGGAUUUUUGUACAAUGAAUUCACAUUUAUUUAUGGUGACAUAUUUACGCUUGUGAUCAAAUAAUGUUAAAUUCUUAAAUCAUAUUUGCUAUGCAGCUGAAGAUAAUAUUUUGAUUUGUAUUUUGGGGGUACCUGUGUUAAGAAACAUUUUCAUCUCCAUUAAAACUGCUUCCAAACCAGUCAAA